AUGUCAGGUCAACACCCAACCGUAAUUUCCAAAGCCCCAUGGAGGCAGACUUUCGAGGAGCAUGUUCAAAAGUUGGGUGGUCCCUCCGCUGAGUUCUACUUCGCUACUGUGACACCAGAGGGAGAACCAAGAGUUCGAUCAUGUAUCCAUCGUGGUUUCUGGACUCAACUGCCAGAGAACAAGCACAAUGAGCUCCCGAAGAACCCAGCUAUAUACGAGUCCGAUUGUCCUGUCUUCACCACUGAUGCACGAAUGGAGAAGACCUACCAUAUGUUCGCUACAGGCAAAGGACAUGGCGAUCGGGAGCAGAGCAAGUCCGGUACUGGUGGUGGUGGACCAGUCGAGGCGAUUUACUGGGUCAAGGACACUUCUACACAAUGGAGGAUUCGCGGCAAGGGCUGGCUGAUAGCAGCUAAUGACAUCGAAGGUGGUACUGAAGCGGCUCAGAACUCAGGCACUAUGACUGUCAAGGCUCAGCUAGGAAGAUACAUGCGUCCUGUUGGCGACCACGAGUCAAAGAAUAGCGAAUGGAGCUGGAGACGAGAGGUCGAAAACCAGUUCGAGAACCUUAGCCCUGGUAUGCGAGGUAGCUUCAAGAAUCCUCCACCAGGUCACCCCAUCUCUGAGGGCAAGACGGAAGAGGGUGAAGCAUUAGGGCAAAAAGCAGGACAUUUGAGCGAUGAAGACCUGGCUAGAAAGAAUUUCAGAGUCGUAGUCAUCACACCAGAAGUGGUUGAAAGGACCGACCUCAGUGACCCGGAGAACUCGAAGAGGUGGACUUACACACUCGCCAAGGAGUUUGGUGGUCCAGGUGGGAACGAGGAGAAGAAGGAACAGGAAUGGAACGUUGUAGAGACAUGGCCAUAG